UUACCGGAGCACGAUCGUAGUAAGCCUGGUCGGCAGGUAGUCACAUUCUUGCUCAUUUGUAAUGUAGCUAUGUUUGCCAUCUACACGUUUGAAGCCCAGAAGGUUGUCGCUAAUCCAGUGCAAUUGGACUUCUAUGGUUUUUUGGCUUGGUCAAUAGUGCAACGUGUCUGUUUACCACUCUGUAUAUUCCAUAGAUUCCAUUCAGCAGUUACGCUAGCCGAAGUAUGGAAGACUACAUACAAGGCAAGAUUAGAGUAA